GCUUAAAAAGGUCAGCAGGGUCAGGUAAACGCAGUUGUUUCAGAAAGUCGAUAUUUUUGUACAAAACUGACGAUAUCUUCCUCCCUAUACAAAGCUGUAGCUUCAUAUUAGGUGGAAACCUCGAACAACAUGUAUAGAUAGAUAUGAGAAGGUUUGGUCGUGCUUGCUUCUCUGAAAGCAGAGAAAUUGGGCGGUGAACUUUCGCACGUGAGUGUUUUUUCCAGUUAGUCUGGCUGGGGAGGUCGUCCAAAUUUGUCGUCUGCUGUGCUAGCUGUGCAUGCACAGCUUUCCUUGUUCAAAGCCAGUGCCAACAAUAACUGUCACUGUAGAGGGACUUAUAUAGCAGGAAGGCCUUCUCUCAAGAAGACCUCCGUAUACGUGACUGCCAUGGCUAAAAGAGCUGCAACAGCGGUGAUCAAAAGUGCGGCUUCCCACCGGCCUCCCAUGCGCCUGCCCCCCCUCCCCACUAUCCGUGAGGUGGUGAAGCUGUACCGUCUGAACGCCGUCAAACAACUCUCACAGAACUUCCUGUUCGACUCCAACCUGACAGAUAAGAUAGUGAAAUCUGCGGGUAAUCUGGAGGGUGCGUUUGUGUGUGAGGUGGGACCUGGACCAGGAGGCAUCACGAGAUCCAUACUGAAGGCCGGGGCAGCGAAGGUGGUGGUGGUGGAACUGGACAGGAGGUUCAACGCAGGCCUACGGCUCCUCCAGGCUGCAGCCCCAGGAAGGGUAGAGAUAGUAAAUGACGACAUCCUGACUUAUAACAUGGCCAAGGCCUUGCCUUUAGACCUUGCAGUACCAUGGGAAGGAGACCCGCCGAAUGUCCACAUCAUCGGUAACCUGCCCUUCAACGUGUCGACUCCCCUCAUUAUCUGCUGGCUGGAGGCCCUGGCCCUGCGGACCGGUCCAUUCGUGUACGGGAGGACUCAGCUCACCCUCACCUUCCAGAAGGAAGUCUGUGAGAGAAUCUGUGCGCCGCCUCGGACCAGUCAGCGCAGCCGCCUGUCCGUCAUGAGCCAGUACCUGUGCCAGGUGAAACACUGCUUCAGGAUCCCUGGCAAGUGUUUUGUUCCGAAGCCAGAUGUGGACGUGGGAGUGGUUCACUUCACCCCCCUGGACCGGUAUGCCGAGGCGCAGGGCCAGCCCCCUGUGGACGAGAGUCAGGACUGGGAGCUGGUGUCUGGGAACGAGAACGGGACGCACACCGUCCUGAGGUUCAACCGCAGGCUGACGACGUGUGACGUCAGAGAUCGCGUCAUCAACGACGACACCAUGCGUGUUCUGUGGGCGUGGCACGAUAACGACCCAGAAGACGACACGGGCCCGAGCGGCCCUGCCUACCACGGGUCUAACCGCGGGGCCAGGGCCACUCUUCUGCUGAACAGAAAACUCACGGAGACGCCCGCAGUAGGGACGACUCACACGUUCGACCUGAUCAUGAACAACGUCUCGAUUCCCAGUCACCAGGACACAACCUACUGGUGCCGCGUGUUCGAGAUGCCAACCCUCGCCAGCAAACACCACAUCAUCAAGGCCGAGCCGGUCAUCACCGCGGGUAACGAGGGGGUUUUCCACCACCUGAUCUUGUACAAGUGCCGCAGAAACCCCAACAUGACCGUCGUGCCGCAGGAGCAUCCGGGACACGAGUGUUACACUCCCAACAUGCCCAGCGACUGGUCCGACUGCUACGAAGGAAGCAUGGUCGUGGCCUGGGCCAUAGGAGGAGGGGACGUAAUUUACCCUGAGCACGUUGGUUACCCGAUAGGCGAUGAGGAGGGUACCGGAUAUGUGCUCAUGGAGGUGCACUACGACAACCCUCAACUGGCAUCUGGUAUAUCCGACAGUUCGGGCAUCAGAAUCACCUACACGCCUGAACUGAGGGACCACGACAUGGGUACACUGGAAGUUGGCGUGCUGGUGACUCAGUACCAUGUCAUACCUCCUGAAACAGAGGAGUUCACUUCUUCUGGAUUCUGCAGCUCACAGUGUCUCAGCGAGUUCAUUGAGGAGUCGGGAGAACCUAUAAAGAUCAUCGGGGUGAUGUUGCACGCCCAUCUGCUUGGCGUCCGGCUGAACGCACGACUGAUCCACAACGGCACGGAGACCGAGAUAGCGCGGGACGACAACUACGACUUCAACCUGCAGAGCACACGGAUGCUCAAGGAAGAGGUCACCGUCUAUCCGGGAGACGUUCUGAUUACGGAGUGCACCUACAGUUCCGCACACAAAAACUCUGUGACGUAUGGUGGACUUAGCACCACAGAUGAGAUGUGCGAGACGUUUUUCUUGUACUACCCGAGGUUCAACCUGAGUUUCUGCGACAGCAUGGCGAACAUACACCACGUCGUGAACUUUGCUGGGGUCCAGAAUUUCUACCUUGACGCAUCGUUUGACGUGCACGUCCUCGCACCGGAAAACAUGGUCAACAUGUCCUACCGAGAGGUGAUGGAGGCCGUCCCCUGGUCUCGCGAGAAAGCACAAGACUUCGCAGAAUUCCAGAUGAACUCGACCUUCUACUCGUCUUGCCGCGGAACGCCAGAGUCCAGCGUGGACACAGACGCCCUGCAGCAGUUCACGGUGCCCUUCCCGCGCGGCACUAGACAGCCCAGGGAAGACGUCUGCAGUCUGAGGGCUACUCCAACUCCGGAUCCACAGGGCGGGUCCGGACCUUCCGACAGCCCGGGCCCAGCAGGCGGGUGUACAGCAUUGCAGGCUCACCACGCUGCCGGAUAUGUCCUGAGCACCUGUCUGGUGGCGCUCGUCUUCACUAUCUGGGCGGAGUAAACGUUCUGUGUGCCUUAAGGUGCACCAUGUACAUUUGUACCAGUACUAGAACUUGUCAAAUGUUAUCUUAAGAAGUGUUCUGAGGUUUGUGUUGAGCUAUCACUCAAGGAAAACAAAGUGUUUCCUACGUUGUUGAAGGUUAGACAUCCAGGUAAACAAUACUCAUAGGAAAUUCAAACUCUACUACGGAGAUAAUGUCCGGAUAUCAUCUCCGUAAUUUAUCCAGUAGUAGAGUUUGAAUUUCCCACGAGUAAAGUGUUUCCUAAUAUUUUUCCUUACUGCCUGCCUGUGCUGAAAAACAAUGGUCUGAGCAAGCUAUCAUAGAUAUGUGUUAUGGAAACUAAGAAAUCAUCUUUUGUUAUGGUGUGGCAUUUUUGUAUGAUUGUUUAAUCAAGUGCAGAAAAUAAGCAAUGUAUUUUUUAGUAACAUAAACACACACAAUAAUUUCUUAAUUGUACA